UUUUCCAUAAAUUGAAAAAAAAAAAAAAAAAUGAAAGUAAUAUGUGAAACUGUAGAAAACCGGUAUAAGAAUUGGUUCUGGUUUGGAUUGGUUCAAAUGGUUAGCAAACUGUUAUAACAGAGAAGAGAGCGUCUUAUCUGUUAUCGAGUGUGUAAGAAGAAAGACAGAAGCAGAGAUGGCGAAUUCACUCGGCUUCUUCUCUUCUCCUCCUCCUCCUACCUUUUGCCUCCUUCAAUCUCCCAUCAACAGUGUUAAACCUACUCACUUCUUCCCCAUUGGUGAUAAGAAGUUGGCUCAGAAGAAAGAAGUAUUUCAGACUUCCAAAUCCAAAAGUUUUGAGAUUCAGGCCACAAACGGUACUCAGGCUACUAAAUCGAGCAGCAUUGUUUAUCAAAACUGUGAAGGGAAUGGAGGUGGUGUGAACUUGACUGAUCAUUUUAAUGGGCAGUUUAAAGCUGGACCAGCCUCUGUUGCCUUUGCAGAGGUAAAAAGGAGGUUUUGUGUGGAGAAUGCAAUGGAGCUGGUUUCAUUGGUGGUUUCUUAAGCACCUUCGAUGAGUAAUGGAGAAAAGCUUCUUCAAACAAUGAGAUUAAAAUUUAUAAUUAUAUUUGAACUCGUCUACCAAUUUUUAUUUAUGCUUUUCUUCCA